GCCUAAUCCGUCACCGACGCCAGAAAAGCAACUGGCGACUGUUUCCGCAGCGAACGAAAGACCCCAAUCUCAUCCAGCAGCAAUUGACAAGACAAGGCAAACCAUACAACGAAACAAACCGUCUCUGCAGCCCUACUUCCCCUUAUUUCCCUUGAGACCCUUUUCUUUGUACUUCCUUCGUAUCAUCGUCCUCCCUACAUCUGUGCCCAGAAACAGAUUUUGCGCUUUUUAGCAUAAAACACCCCCCUCCCCCCCUGGACUCCCUAUAUAUCUCCGGACGCGCCGCCAGUUUGGUUAGCUUUAUCGGCUCUGCCUAUCUAAUCCAGGGAGUUCGCAGGAAGAGGUGACACCUUCGACACACUCUAGUCACAGUCAUCAUGGCUGAUGCAGCUGAUAUUGCCGAUGAGCGGUUGGAGACACAUGAGAAACCUGGCGAUGAGGAGGAAGAAAUCGCCGCCAUGAAACGGCGGGUGGCCGAGAUGGAAUCCGAAGCCGCCAAACUACGAGAGAUGCAAGCGUCGCUAGACCAGCAGUCGGAGAGCCUACGCGAGGAUAAAGAGGAUAUCGACGCGCGGAGCAUUUUCGUCGGCAACGUCGACUACGGCGCCUCGCCGGAAGAGAUCCAGGCACACUUCCAGAGCUGCGGGUCGAUAAAUCGGGUUACCAUCUUGCUCGACAAGUUCACCGGCCAUCCUAAGGGGUAUGCGUAUGUGGAAUUCACGGAGCCGAGUCUUGUGGCUCAAGCACUUGUUUUGAACGAGAGUGUCUUCCGCGGGCGGAACUUGAAGGUCGUCCCCAAACGAACCAAUCUACCAGGAAUGACCCGAGGGCGUGGUCGUGGUCGGGGUGGCCUCGGUCGCGGCGGAUUCGGACGUGGUGGAUUCCUUCCCCGUGGCGUAUAUCGUGGAGGCUAUAGAGGUCGGGGCAGGGGAUAUGCACCGUACUGAAAAUAAGCCCCGGCCAACAAUAAAGAGGAGGCGGGGACUUUUUUUAUUUUUUUAUUUUUUUAUUUUUUUUUCUUUCAUUUUUCUAUGUUCGACCGCACCAUACAUCGAUUUCGCAAUUUAAUGAAAGUGGGGGGGAAGGAAGUACUUAUUGAAGAGAAGGAGGGGGAAUUGCGGCCGGAGAGAAGAAGAAAAUGGAAACUCGUUAAUCCCACCGAUCGAAAAUCCAUCCAUAGCUCCCUGGACUCCAGAGAACGGAGCGGGAUCCAAUCAGAUCAGCUCAAGUCGAAUCGAAUCAAAUUGGAUACUUGAAGCUGGAGGGGGUGUGGAUGUGGAUGUGGUGUGUAUGAAUAUUGAUAUGAUAUGGGCAAAUGCGCUGUUGAAUUCUUUUUGCAAUUUAUGUCUGUCUGUCUGUCCUUUUUUUAUUUCGCAAAAUUUUUGAGUCUGAAGGGCAAAAGGGCAAAAAUCGAAAAUAGGGAGGGAUAUUUACUGAGGGUUUGAAUCUCUAUCUACGUGACUUGCGUUCUAUUUCCUGAGUUUGUUUAUUUUUUGAUUGAUUGAUUGAUUGAUUUUAUUUUAUUUUGACCUUUGUCCCACUCUCAAAUCUGGUAUCUCUUUGUUCCUUUUAACACUCUUCUUUUCUUUUCCUUUCCUUUUCUUCCUCUCUUGAUUUGGGGUUGAGUGACCAGCAGAUUACUAUAAAUUUUUGAAAGCUAUCUUGCAGCUAAAGAUAUGGAAGUGGAGAUAUUCAAACAAAAGAAAAGAAUACAUUGCGACAGGAUGUUCCUUUUGCUCAUGUUGAUAACUAUUUCCAUGGACAAUUGGUGCCAGUUGAACAGCGUGGGGAUAGAUAUAUCGUCCUUAUACAGCGGCGGGGCUUGACUAUGUAUAUCAUUUUCAACGGGAGGAAUAUCAACCAUGCGACAGAGGAUUAUCCAUGGAUGCCAGAGUAUUUUAUUUACAACUUUGCUCUCUUCUCUUGUAGACCGUGAUUCUAGCAUGACAUGUCAAUAGUUAGCACCAAUAUUAACUGUGAUAAUGCGA